CCGCAAAUGCGCUACUCCGCACAAUAGUCGCCGAUCAGUUGGAUUUCAGUUGACCAGCAAAGCGGUUGCAUAGCUAACAAAGCAAGCGGUGGCGACAAUUUACGGGAUACACCUGUCGGAAUGCCAAUAGUCGGCACAGUUGUUGUACAAUAAAUUGAUAUUUGGUGUGUUGUGCUCUUCAACUGAAGUGAAAUACAAAUACAGUUUGAACAGUUUUUAACGCGCAGCUUAUUGAAUUGCAUUCUGAAAACGUGAUUUAAACGGGGCGCCACCGCUCAAUUUCUCGUAAAUAAAUCACCAAUUGUCGAGGCGUUGGCUUUCAUAACGGUGAAUAGUGCGUGAGAACGUUUUGUUUUCUCAUAUUCGAAAAAGAAAUCGUUAGAUUCUAAUUUAUUUUAAAUAAAUUCCAACAAAAACCAACAAUUAACUGAAGAAUUGCUGAAAGAUGGAAGUGACAACGAUUACAACAACAACUACUACACGAGAACCGAAGCGUGCUGUGCGAAAGCAUGUGAAUCCAUGCAGCGAUCACACGCAUACGCUCGAAGGCCUAAAACACUUUACGGAUGCACAUCAAUUUCCGGAAGAUGAGGAACCCAAUAUACUGGGUCAUGGCACACCGGUGGAGGAGAAGUGUGAUCCAUUAACCACAGAGAAGUUGAUGAAAUUGAAAACGCUGUUGAAUUUUGAAGAUGCUCCCGAUCACCUUAAAUUCAAUCCUUACAUUCGUCGUGGCUAUCGCACAUUCCUCUCCACAAAAUUAUGCCUACAAAGCGUCUUCUGGUGGACCAACGAAACUAUCAACAUUUGGAGUCAUCUCUUUGGUUGUCUACUCUUCGUAUGCCUAACCAUAUUCGAUUUCCAGUUUCUAAAAGCGCACGCGGACGUGAGUGAUCAGGUGUUGGUUGUCUGCCUCUUAGUCUGUUUCUGCCUGUGCAUGCUGCUCUCUUCAAUUUAUCAUAUAUUUUCCUGCAAAUCGGAAGAACAUUAUGAUUUCUUUUUGUCUGUGGACUUUUUGGGCAUUUGCUUGUCGCUGGUGGCGAUUUAUAUAAGCGGCAUGUACUAUGCGUUUUGGUGCUUUAAGACACUCCGUCUCGUUUACUCCGGCAUUGCGCUGUGCAUGUUCGGCUUGGCGAUGAUGGUGCAGAUUCCCAAGUUGAAUGUCUCUUUGGACGCUAAGAUUGCGGUGCUAGUGUUGUGGGCCGCCUACGGUAUUAUACCGUUAGCGCAUUGGACUUAUGUGAUGGGUGGCUUUGACAAUGAGCUGGUGCGGUUAAUGGUGCCACGCAUUAUCGGCAUGUAUGGCUGGUGUGCUGUCGCAUUCGUCAUUUAUGCCGCAAAAAUACCCGAGCGUUGGCUUACCGGCAAAGUGGAUUAUGUGGGACACUCGCACAAUUGGUGGCAUCUGUUCAUUUUGGCCGCUUUCUAUCACUGGCACAACACUGGUCUUGUCUACGCCGAGUACCGUUUGAAUAACGGCUGCAGUAUGCCCACAUUGACGUAGAUCGUUGAACUUUAACCAAAUCGCGUUGUUAUUUAAUUAUUUUCAAUUUUAUACAACGCCUAGGCAUAUCUAUAAAGUAUGUUGUUAUUACUUUGUGAUUUCAGCACGUUAAUCAUUCAAUGAGGCACCUCAACAACGGCUAGUAAACGUACCUUUAAAUAUACAAGUAUAUAAAUACAUAUAUUGAUAUAUUGAUAACUUUGUAGGUACUUAGUUGUAAUUGCAAAUCUAGUUCAGUCACUCAUUAAUUAGUUUUAAUGCACAUUUGUAUAUACAUAAUCGAAAUAUUUAGUUGAAGAAUUUAUUAUUUGUUGCGAAGACUUUGUUACACGUUUGAAAAUAUGUAGUCAAUAAAGUUGCAUAUUCAAAAGACAUUACAUAUAAGUGAAAUGUAA